UUCCAUUGAUGUAAGUCUAUCAACUAAUCAGAGCGAUGAAAUGCCAAACCGACUCGGAGAUCCGGCGGUUAGGGAGGAUCGAGUAGGAGGUAACCAGCCCGACUGGAGGAGAAGAGGCCCGCGGAGCUACAGUCGGCGAGGGGUGGGGAGGCUCCUGCGAUCCCGGAAGCUCUGUGGGAGACCGUCGCUUCCGUUUGUCGUCGGUGGAAGAGCCGACCGGCGAUGAACGCGGCGAUUGCGGCGCCUCAGACAGAAAGUGGCGGCGCAGAAUUACCACAAUUUUUUUCUUUUUUGUCGCUUCCGUUUGAUUAUUUUUAGCAUAUAUUUUCCCUCCAUAUUUGCGUCGCCGGAAAACGCGGAUGAACCCAAAUAGAGCUCCCCACCGGUGGUUGUCCGUCCAUGCUCCCCCUCCCCUUCUGCCCCACCAUUUCAUCUCUUUGACUCUUUCCCUUUCCUACGAGCAAAACAACCAAACUAGAUCGUGGGAAGAAGAACUCCAAUUGUUCGGGUAGCUUCGAGAAGGCAGUCACGGCGUUGAUUUCUUCAUUCCAUUCAGGUUUCGAUCUUUUGAGAGGCGUUUCUCAUGGUGGAUUUUGCAUUUUUUAUUCUACAGAUUGGCUUAGGAAACACCGGCACAGAGAGGGUGGAGUCGUCUGCACUUCGCGCUCCAUCCUCUCCGCAUGGCUUCCACUCCCACGGCCGCACCGCCGCCUGUCAACUCCUCUGCUUCCUCCCCGCCGCCGACCAAUUCUUCUGCCACCGGAACCCCUCCUCCCCCUCAGCCGUCGCCUUUGCCGCAGUCUCCGCCACCUUCGCCAUCGCCGCCGCCGCCUGCCUCCUCCCCGCCUCCUCCACCGUCACCCGUCUCUACCCAACCUCCACCUUCGCCCCCACCGCAGAAUUCCCCACCCUCCUUCUCCCCUGCUUCGCCUCCGCCUCCUAAGUCCGGCGAUGCCUCUUCCUCGCAUCCCCCGCCGCCGUUUCAAUCAUUCUCGCCGCCAACGCCUCCGCCCAGAAACCCUUCGCACUCGCUGCCGUCGCAUAAGACUCCGUCUUCGGCCAACAACGCAGAUACGUCGUCGGAGAACAGCCAUUCCGGCAAAUCCGGCCAUUCCGGCAAAUCCGGCCAAUCCGACGUGAGUCUUCAGGUCAUCAUCGGCGUCACAACCGGCAUCGGAAUAUUACUAGUCAUGAUGAUUGUUGCAUCGGUGCUCUGCUGCAGCGAGAAAAAGAAGAAGAAGAAGAAGCCCAUGGACUACUACGGCUCCCUCGGUCCCAACGGCGCAGGAGGCUUUUACGGUGGCGGAUCCCUCUCCAAGUGGCCAAACGCAGAGCAAAGAACGGACUACCCCGGAAACCUGCCUCCGCCUCCCGGCGCCCCCGGCUUCUCCCCGUGGCAAAAUUCUUUCCCUCCUCCCCAAAUGUACAGCGGCGAGAGCUCGACAAACUCCGGGCCCCACGGCAGCGGCGGCGGGGCUGCAGCAAUGCAGGCCCUUUCCCCGUCCCUGGGCUUCAGCAAGAGUAGCUUCACCUACGAGGCUCUCUCGGCCGCCACCGACGGGUUCAAUCGCGAGAACAUCCUCGGCCAAGGCGGCUUCGGCUUCGUCUACAAAGGCGUGCUCCCCAACGGCGUGGUGAUCGCCGUGAAGCAGCUCAAGCCCGGCAGCGGGCAGGGGGAGAGGGAGUUCCAAGCGGAGGUGGAGAUCAUCAGCAGAGUCCACCAUCGCCACUUGGUCUCCCUCGUUGGCUACUGCAUUGCUGGCUCACAGAGGCUGCUCGUGUACGAGUUCGUAACCAACAACACUCUCGAGCACCAUCUGCACGUAAAGGACGGUCCGGCGAUGGAUUGGCCUACCAGACUCAAGAUCGCAAUCGGAUCAGCAAAAGGACUCGCUUACUUGCACGAGGAUUGCCACCCAAGAAUUAUACACCGCGACAUCAAAACUGCAAACAUUCUCUUGGAUAACAAUUUCGAAGCCAUGGUCGCGGAUUUUGGAUUGGCCAAGUUCAAUUCCGAUACGAACACACACGUCUCCACGAGAAUCAUGGGAACCUUCGGGUACUUGGCUCCUGAAUAUGCAUCGACCGGCAAGCUAACUGAAAAAUCAGAUGUUUUCUCAUUCGGCGUGAUGCUUUUGGAGCUGAUAACAGGAAGGAGGCCUGUCGAUCCGACGGGGUACAUGGAGGAUAGCUUGGUCGAUUGGUCCAAGCCUGUUCUAACUCAGGCACUGGCUGACAAAAACUUCGAUGAACUCGUGGAUCAGCGCCUCGAGAACAAGUACAACGUCGAAGAAAUGACGCGAAUGAUAGCGAGCGCUGGAGCUUGCGUUCGACAUUCUGCAAGGAAGCGUCCUAAGAUGAGCCAAAUCGUUCGAGCUUUGGAAGGUGAUGUUUCGCUUGACGAUCUGAAUGAGGGGGCGAAGCCAGGGUUACACAGCUCGAGCUCGGACUUGGACGCGACCGACGCAUACUCAUCCAAAAUGAGGGAAUUCAGGCGGGUUGCACUGGAGAGCAAUGAGUACAGCAACGAAUACAGCGGCGGCACCAGCGAGUACGGGCUCAAUCCCUCCGAAUCGAGCAAUAGCUCGGGAGAAGUAAAUUCGAGUCGAAGGAAGGCAAAUCGUCCUAAUCUUUGAACAAGAAACCAGCACA